GCGGACCGGCUGUAUAAAAGCAAAAGUUUCACAUGUUCAACCAGCAUGAAGUCUUCUUCCAGUCGGACCUACAUCUCUACCCCUUCCCAGAGCGCAACCAUGCACCUGAGCGCGUACGAGACGUCGUGCCAUUCCUUGGUCGUAGUUUGCAUCCUCCUGAGGAGUUGCCAUGCCUUCAAGAACGACGCCACGGAGCUCCUGUUCUCGCAUGUGAGCGCGCCGGUUCCGGAGGUUCAGAGCAACGUGACCCUGAACCGCGCACGGACCGGCGGGAGAGGAGCCGCCAGCUCAGCGCACGAGAGAAGCGAUCGAAGCCAAAUCGGAUGCAGAGAGCUGAGAUCCACUAAGUACAUCUCUGAUGGCCACUGCACCAGCAUCAACCCCAUCAAGGAGCUGGUGUGCGCUGGCGAGUGUCUCCCGGCUCAGAUGCUUCAGAACUGGAUAGGCGGCGCCUAUGGCAGGAAGCUCUGGGGUCGCCGGAGCAGCAGCCAGGACUGGCGGUGUGUUAACGACAAGACCCGCACCCAGCGCAUCCAGCUGCAGUGCCAGGACGGCAGCACGAGAACGUACAAAAUCACCGUGGUCACCUCCUGCAAGUGCAAGAGGUACUCGAGGCAGCACAACGAGUCAGGCAACAAGUUUGAGGAGCUGGCUCUGUCACCGCCGCAGCUCCUGCACAAGCACAAGUCCAAGAGCAAGAGGAGGCUGGGGAAGAACCGGCUGAGUGAGAACUGGCACGAUACUGAACCAUGAGACACACUCUGAAUCCACAUAAACCUACAGGACUUUUGUCUCGGUGAUAUUGAGACACGACGUCCAGAGCUUGUGGAUUAUCUCUCAAUGUGACUGGGACUUGCUUUAGGUGAAGCUGGCUCCUCACGAUGAGGGGAGAACUCCAAAGGGCAUGCUAAGGACUUUUCUUGACAUUUAAAUCCAUGUGGUUAAAAGAUAAUGUGAACAGAACUGUAUAGAGCAGGUCUAUACCAGCUCUGCAGAGCUUUCUGGAGCCCCAAGCUAACACACAUUGUCCCUGAAUGUAGUCAUGUGCAUGUGUUCCUAUAUAUUAUGCAUUAUAUAUAUGCAGAUGGAGAUCUGUAGUUUAAGCAUCAACACCAUUAAACACCAAACAUCUCAAACACAAUCCAGUGUAAAUACUUGUACAUAUAUCAAAUUCUGACUUGCCUUUUGAAGUAUUGGCCAUGUGUAUAAAAUUUUACUAUGUAAGAUUUAUGAUGUAUGAUGUAAUAUAUUUUCUGUGACAACAUAUGAUAUGAUCGCUAAAGUGGUGUCAGCAUGUCGGUGAAAUCUGGAAAAUAUGUCAUCAAUCAGUCUUGUAGUAACUUUAUAUGAAAUAAAUAUCACUUGUUAUCGCA